UUAUUCCUUUAACUGGCUUAAAAGCAUAUGAUCUGUGAUAAAAAAUCUCACUUUCGUUUCUACUUCUUCUGGAGAAGCAUAAAAAUAAAAGAAUUGAACGAGUAAUGAAGUUUUAAAGCAAAAAAGAUUGAAAGUGAAUUAACUGGAUAGAAAGGGUGGAAAAAUUAUUUAUUUAAUAACCCACUGUGCGUAUAAUUAAAUACCAAUGCUUAAUAGAAAUAACACAUAAAUUAUCAAUCAUUACUUAUGAGAAUAGUCAACAAUUAUAAUAAAAGUAGCAAUUAACAUAACCGACACCCUUAAUUGUUAAACAUAAUGGAAAAACGCGAUGAAGUGAAAACGCCUGACAAAUUUAUUGUAUGGGAAGCCUUAAAGUCAAUCAUCUAUAAUAACAUCGAUUUUUAUAAAAGUGACGAUACGACAAAUGGCAUAAAAUUGCACGGAGCGUUUCUAGGAAUUCUCGACAAUUUAGACGAAGCGCGACCUUUGAUCGAAGAAGUUGAAUCGUUUUGCAAGCUUUACGAUUUCGAUGAAAAAACUCCCGGGAAUGGACAUCGUAGUUUCUUAAAAGUCUUUGAUUGUGCCAUCAAUCACACUUUAAAGAUUGUCAAAUAUGUCACAGAAAGCCGAUCAAGUUUAUUAUUCCGUAAAAGUACAUACACAAAGGAAGUUGAAGCAUGCAAUCAUAUGUUGGCUGCUUUAAUAACAUUCUUAAAUCAUUUGCUCACACUUCAUUCAUGGAGUGAAGUUGGAAAUCUUUUUCCGGUUGAAGAACGUCCACCAGAAGACAUUCUCGAUCGUGCAAAGACUGUCAAUCAAUUCGCCUUCUAUGGACGAUGUCUUGGAUUUCAAUUUUGUGACUCCAUCAAGCCUGUGUUAAAAUUCAUUGCAAUUUCAAUGGCAAGCUAUUCAGAAUCAUAUUACAGCAACAACGGAACAUUCAUUAAAGCAACCAACUCGAUGUUUAACAGUGGAAAAUAUUUACUCGAUCCCGAACUUAGAUCAAAACGAAUUGUGAAUCUUUCACAAAACGCUUCAGUCGAUUUUUGUAAGUCGUUUUGGUUUUUAGCUGACAAUGAAAUUAUGAACAAGAUAACAUUAGUUAAUUAUAAUGUCAAAGUUAAUAAACUAAUGAAAGUCACAACUGAAGCAUUGAAAGUUGAAACAACUUCUGGUGAUGAGAUUGAAAUUCCAAGUGUUGGUCAGAUCCAAAUUCGUCUUGUGAGUUCACAUUUUCGUGAUGGAAUGAUGAGUGACAAUAAAAAUGAAAGCAAGAAGAGAAAAAGUGAAGGAAUUCUACCAAAAUCAAAAGCUUUAAUCGUUCAUAUUCAUGGUGGUGGUUUUGUAUCACAAAGUUCAAAAUCUCAUUUGGUUUAUUUGAGUGAAUGGGCAGAUCAAUUGAAUGUUCCAAUUCUUUCGCUUGAUUACAGUCUGGCGCCGCAAUCACCUUACCCAAAAGCACUUAAUGAAGUCUUUUAUGGUUAUUGUUGGGCUUUGAAGAAUCGCGAACUUUUGGGAUCAACAUGUGAAACUGUGAUUCUUGCUGGUGACUCAGCAGGUGCUAAUCUGGCUCUUGCAACUUCACUCAAGUGCAUUGACUUGAAAGUUCGAAAGCCUGAUGGAAUUUUCAUAGCGUAUUGUCCAAUUCUUGUCGCCUUCAAUCCUUCGCCGUCUCGUCUUUUAUGUUUGAUGGAUCCACUUCUGCCUUUUGGAUUCAUGAUGAGAUGCAUGAAAGCUUACAGCAAUCCAUCGUCGAAGGAAUGCUUUAAAGACCUCGAAGAAUUGAAACGUGCAAAAGCAGAUCGAAAUGAAGAACUGAAAAGAAAAUCUUCAAUAAAUCCAGAACAAGAUCAAGAAAUGAUGCAAAGUGAAGAUGAGAAAUCAGAUUCAUUUGAAGAGAUUUCAUGUUUUGAACGGCAUCAAACAGAUUCGAAUCUGCAAGCUCACAUUUCGCCUGUUAGUGACGUUGCUUCCAAUCACACACUUGCUGGUGCUUCAUUCCUUACUGGAACUGACAAUAAAAUGAACGACACAAUUGAAAUCAUAAGCCCAAUUGACAGCAUUCGCUCAGCGACAUCACUUGAAGAAGACUCGUUGCCAAUAACAAUUCAAAAGAAUGAGAAACGAUCGUCAGUUGCUGGUGACGUCAGUGGCGAGUUUACGAAUGUCGAUUUACCAGCGACAACAUCUUCACGUCAUAGCGACGACACAACUUGUCAUCAGAAGAAAUAUGUCGACGACUUUAUCGAGAAGUAUGUGCUGGAUGCGAAGCAGUGUGACGAUGGAUCGAUCCAACCAGUUCUUCGAAAGGCUUCACACACGAAAAGCGAGGAAAAUAUCGUGUUUGACAUUUCACGUGACACAAUCAGCGUGCAAAGUCUUCAAGAGAAAGUUCAACGAGUUGCUUCAUCACUUGUCGAUUCAGUUUCAUCAACAUUCACACAAAUCACUACAACAAAUCGUCCAAUCAUAAGAAAUUAUUCACUUGAUGAUUCUGAUGACGUUCGAUCGUUGGAGAAUGAAAGUGUUCCGACGUCACCGUCAUCUGACUUCAUCUUCAAUGUGCCUAAAGAUCCAUUUUUGUCUCCAUUGUUUGCUAGUGAUGAAGCACUUCGUCAAUUCCCUCCAAUUAAGAUCGUUACACUAACAUUGGAUCCGUGUCUUGACGACAGUGUCAUGUUUGCUAAGAAAUUAAGGGAAUUGAAAGUUGAAUUGACGCUUGACAUUCUCGAUGGUCUUCCACACGGUUUUUUAAACUUCUCAAGACUUUCGAAAGAAGCUCACGAUGGCUCAAAACUGGCAAUGUCUCGAAUUGCUGAACUGCUCAACGUAACGGUUGACGCUGAUGAAACCAAAGUUAAAUAUUUUUGUUAGAUGCCUUUAAAAGAGACGCUGGAUGAUAUUUUGUGGCUUAUUUCUCAACAUUUCUUGUCGUUGUUGAUUUGAAGUUAGUUCCAUUCAAAGCUUCAUCCAAAACUCUUCAAAUAUUUUUCAAUUCAAAUUUUCUUCAUUCAACUUUUUUAUUCAUUAUCGUAAGCAUAUUUAUUUAUUUAUAACAAACUGAAUGAUAAUAACAUAAUUAACAUGUAAGGAAUACUCUAAAUAAUAAA